AUGAGCAAUGAUUAUAAUUACAUGUUUAAGUACAUAGUUGUAGGCGAUACAAAUGUUGGAAAAUCGUGUUUAUUGUUGCAAUUUACAGAAAACAAAUUUUGUGAUCAUACUGAGAGUACAGUGGGAGUGGAGUUCGGCUAUAAAACCAUAAAGAUAAAUGAUUAAUAGAUAAAGCUGCAGAUUUGGGAUACAGCAGGACAAGAUUCAUUCAAAUCGAUCACAAGAUCAUAUUACAGAGGGGCCAUUGGAGGAUUACUUGUAUUUGAUUUCAGUAGAAGAUCAACGUUUGAAGACAUUAAAAAGUGGUUAAAAGAAAUAAAGACAUUUUCUUGUGAUAAGAUUGAAUUAGUACUUGUUGGCAACAAAUCAGAUAUUCCUAAAAAGGAUGUGACAAUUGAGGAAGUCGAAGAAUAUGCAUAAUAAGAGAAGUUAGAUUUUUAUGAAACUUCAGCCAAAACAGGGAAGAAUGUAGAUGUUGUCUUCGAGAGUGUAGCUAAUAAAAUUUUAAGAAAAAUCGAAACAAAAUAAAUUAAUUUAGAUGAUUAGAUGUUAGGAAUUAAGGUUAAUUUCAAUGGAAAAAUGAGAAAAAAAAGUAAAUCUCAAAGUAAUCAAUCUCCAUAUUACAAUAUAACACUAAAUGGCAAAUAAAGUGAUUAAGAGAAAAAUGAAAAGAAAAGUUGUUGUUGA